AUGGAGGAGCUCACCGCCUUCGUCUCCAAAUCCUUCGACCAGAAGAGCAAGGAGAACGGGGGCGCCGGCGGCGUUGGCGGCGGCGUUGGCGGCAAGAAGGAGUCCGUCACCUACCGGGAAGUUCUGGAGAGCGGGCUGGCGCGCUGCAGGGAGCUGGGCGCGGGGGACGCCGGCCUGCAGGACGCGCCGGGCGGAGGCGGCCCCUGCGCGGGGCAUCUGCUCAGAGAGCACGCGGAGCUGGACAGGGAGAAGCCGAAGGACUUCGGCGCCGGCAGGGGCGCGGUGGAAGGGCUGUACGAGUGCAAGGAGAAGCGCGAGGACGUGAAGUCGGAGGACGGGCUCUGCUUCUGGAUUUCAGUAGGGGGCUGGAGGCAAGGAAAAAGCCCUCUGGAGGAGGACAAGGAAGAGGAGGACAUGGAGGAGGACGAAGAGGAGCAGGUGGAGGAGGAUAAGAUGGAGGUGGAUGAGGUCUGGUUCCAGAACCGCAGGGCCAAGUGCCGUAAGCAGGAGAACCAGAUGCACAAAGGCGUCAUCCUGGGCACCGCCAGCCACCUGGACGCCUGCAGGGUGGCCCCGUACGUGAACAUGGGCGCGCUGCGCAUGCCCUUCCAGCAGGAGCAGGAGCAGGAGCAGAUGGGGCUGGUGGGGCCGCCGGGUGGACGCCGAGUCACCAGCCGCGGCGUCCCUUUCCUCCGUGUCGUGGCCCCAGGGCUGCACUCCUGUGGGUUGUCCUCAGGCCCUGGGUCAGAUCAGGAUGCCGGGGCUCUUUGGCUGCCACGCCGCUGUCCACGUGGCAGGCCGUUCGGGCAGAGCGGGGUGGCCGCGGUGGCCGGGCGGCUCCUGCGGGUGCCCGAGUGCGACACAAAAGCAGAUUUGCGGCUCCCGCUCCUGGUGUCUCUGUUUCUGGUUUCCGGGAGGCUUUGA